UCUUUUACAAAUCACACAAACUCCAUUGUCGUCACUUCGAGUUCGAAGCUUCUUCUUCUUCUUCAUCUUCCUCCGUGUGAGUGUCUUUUUCUUAAGGACAUCACUUUGUCAGCUGAUUCUCAAGAUGCUACCAACUGAGUCAAAGAAGGCCUUAUCUUUCAAGCGAUACAUCGAAGAUGGAGACUUGGUCAUCGUUUACGAGAGACACGACGUGAUGAAGCCGGUUAAAGUAACCAAAGACGGCGUGCUUCAGAACCGUUUCGGAUUUUACAGACACUCUGAUUGGAUCGGGAAGCCGUUAGGGACGAAAGUGUUGAGCAACAAGGGCAAAUUUGUCUACCUGCUUGCUCCCACUCCCGAGCUGUGGACGCUGGUGUUGAGCCACAGGACUCAGAUUCUUUACAUUGCGGAUAUCAGCUUUGUGGUGAUGUAUCUAGAAGUCGUGCCCGGGUGUGUUGUUCUCGAGUCUGGGACAGGAAGUGGUUCGCUUUCCACUUCGCUUGCUCGUGCUGUGGCUCCGACGGGUCAUGUGUAUUCUUUUGAUUUCCACGAGCAACGAGCUGUCUGUGCAAGGGAGGACUUUGAGAAGACGGGUAUAAGUAGUUUAGUAACCGUGGAGGUUAGAGAUAUUCAAGGACAAGGCUUCCCUGAGAAACUAUCUGGUUUGGCUGAUUCGGUGUUUCUAGACCUUCCUCAGCCUUGGCUCGCUGUUCCUUCUGCAGCAAAGAUGUUAAAGGAGGAUGGAGUUCUCUGCUCUUUCUCGCCUUGCAUUGAGCAAGUACAACGCACUUGUGAAGUCCUCAGAUCAGAUUUCAUUGAGAUAAGAACGUUCGAGGUGCUUCUCAGAACAUACGAAGUGAAGGAAAUGAAAGUGGAGACUGGCGCUAUGAUUGGUGAGAGCCACGACGAGGAGGCCAAUGGAGGACAGAGACCAAGCAAGAGAAAGCACAUUUCAAACGACGACAAGCACAUUUCAAACGACGACGGCUACGCUGUUUCACAGGACAACUCUUCUAGUCCAACUUCGGUCGUUAUGGCGAGGCCAUGUAGCGAGGCAAGAGGUCACACCGGCUACUUAACUUUCGCAAGACUCCAGUGCCUAUCUUAAGUACUUCAUGUUUUUGUCAUAUGAUGUUACUAACACUUGUUGUGAUUUUUCUUGUUGUAAUGCAAAUUUUGAACCAGAAAUCUACUUCAUAAGCUUUCUAGUUUUUAAAAACGUGUUUGAAUUAA